AUGAACACAAGUAUUAUUGGACAGCGACUUUCGAGCGUGGAAGUAUCCGAUUGCAAGAACUAUCUUCCACCGUUACAGCUUUACUACGAUGAAUAUGCUAUCUUAUUGAGCUUAUCGCUCAUCAUCGGCUGCAGCAUCUGGCUUUGGGUGACGUACGUAUUUAUACAAGUAAUCAGGCUCAUUAAAAACCACACAGAGAAAGCCCAGGUGAUGGUGCUAAUCAUCGCUAAUUCGGUGUAUUUUACAGUGGUCACGUUCAACGUGCUUGCGCUCGCACUGCCUCAAGUGGCGGUAAUCUGCGACGUAGUGCCAUUUGUGGUUUUCUGUUGGUGUAUUUUAGUAUUUUUCCGGUAUCUGAAAGACUCGUUGGGAGGUGAUUCCGCCAUCGUCGGCCUGUACGAAUCCAAAGCAAUCGAGCCACCGCAAGUAUGCCCAUGCUUUCGGUUCAUCUUUGAUAAAAAACGUCAGCUACGCGCGAUCAGGUUCGGUAUUAUCCUGUUUCCCAUUUACAACAGUGUGGUAGCGAGCAUACAACUAGUCAUUUAUGCUUUCGAUAAGGAUUUGUUUUACGACGUGUUCUAUAUGAUUUUGCCGUUCAUAAUAGCGUCGAUCGUGUUUUACGUUGGAUCCUCGGUGUCCUUCAUCAAAACUGUAGCCCCGUUGUACCCGGAUAAUCCGAUUUUUAAACGAUUCUUUCUGCUGCAGCUGGUACUAAUUAUCACAAAACCCCAGGUUAUUAUCAUAGAGUUAAUUUACAAUUUGUCAACUUUCGAAUGCACUGUGGCAGGGGAACCAAAAGUGUACAUAAACGUCAUAAAACAAAUGGUUAUACUCAUUGAGAUGGCAGUGGUGACCUUUUUUUCAUACAAAUUCUAUUCCAAUGAACAGCCCACUCGUGAAAAGGCAGGCAUUAAUAAUACGGCGUAUGAGGCGUGA